AUGCAAAUGACAGGACAAAGCUACAUAUAUCCGUCUAAUUAUGAAAGCGGUAUAAUCCCUCUCGACACCUCGUUCUCAAAUUAUGUCCCGAAUUCCCUACAACAAUACACAACCCCACGCAUGGCAGUACCAACAGACUUUUCGAUGGCAGAUUCCAUGUUUUUGCCGACUUCUAUUAGUCCCAUAAAUACUUCACAAGUACGUGUGAGCAGUAAUGACCCAAAUAUCAUUGAAAAGAAGUUUAUCUCAUCUGCAAUGCUUCCUGGUUUAAAGACGACAGCAGAGGUGGCCAAUGUGGGCAAACAGCCAUCUCCAAAAUCGAAUAUUUUGCCAAAUAUGACUACGACCUCGUUUUCUAAUCGUCGCUCCGGUAAUCAAACACACCAGCAGCAACUCUCCACACAUUCUCAUCAACAGUACCCUCAGACCUCAAUGUAUUCGAGCACAACAAAUAAUACAUCGGUUGGAGAAUUUUCGUCUUCUGUAAUUCAUGGAAAUCAUAUGAUGAAGGACGACUGCUCUCCUUAUUCAGACCCUCGGCACCGUUUGGAUGAUAUUAACAACGCCAACAGCACCAACAACACCAAUACCCAUGACAUUAGCUUUGCUCGUGUCCAUUCUGGCGCGCCAAUAGGCAAAGAAGAUGAGGAGCGCGACAAGAGAGAUAGUUUCUAUCCUACAACAUCGACAGUAAAUACUAUGUUUUUAAGACAAACAACAAAUAUGACAUUACCGCAACAACAGCAACAACAGCACCAGCACCAGCACCAGCAAAAUCAUCAACAGCAACAACAAUCUCAUCAUCAAGCGUUAUUACCCCACCCUUCUCUGCAAAACCCUCCUUUCUUAAUGUACUCAGCCGGCUACCCUCCUCCUCCUACUCCUCCACCCUAUGUAAGCCAUCUUGAUCAUAGUGUUCUUCAGAAAAAAAAUGAAGGACAACCAGGACUAUGCUCCUAUCGCAACGUUGACCAAUACCAAUAA